UAGUAUGUAGCAGUUGCUGCCCGGCAAGUGCGUGUCAGAGAUUAGCAGGUUUCUUUUGCUCUCCCAACACACACACUCGAUCUCGCUCUCGAAAUCAGCGGCGCCGUGCAGCAUGCUGAUUAACUAACAAGCUCCAAAUUAUAAGAUAAAACAUUAAUCAAUUGAAUUAAACAAUUGAUGAAUGCAUUAAGUGCGGCUGCCCGAACGUGAAUUAAGUCACAACUUGAAGCGCGAAGCAUCCUCCAAGUUAAUUGUGGAACGAAUGUUGCGCAACCCGUCGUCGCUCUGCUACCCGCGUGCUAACUCAACAACAACAAUAACAACCUCAACAACAACACUGUCAACACUAUCACGCCAUCAAAGACGCAAACGCCACUGAUAAGCAGAGCAGUAACAAUGAAGAAACGUUCCAAUUCACGCGGCACGCCAACUGGCGGUGAAGUUGCAAGUUCAAGUGGCGACCAGAAUGUGGCAUCCACCAAGUACAAAUCGGGGGCAUCAAGUGCGCCGGCAACGCCAACGAAACGCAGCGGUAGCAACAACGGUGGCAAGAAUGGCAACAACAAACACAAAGAGGAAAUCGCACAGACUUUUGUCAUUGUCAACGAGAGGCCCGUGGAUGACAUUUCCUUGGAUUUCUUCUAUAAGCCGCAUACCAUCACCUUGUUGGCCGUCUCCGUUUUAGCCGUGAUGUACACGGCUUUUGUCAGGAACGAGGCCAACUUGGAUGACAACCUGUGGGCGGGACUCUUGUGCAUUGUAUUCUUCUUUCUGAUCGUUUCCGUAAUUGCAUUUCCAAAUGGACCCUUCACACGUCCACAUCCGGCCGUUUGGCGGAUCCUAUUUGGCUGUUCCGUCCUCUAUCUGCUCACGCUACAGUUUCUCAUGUUCCAAAACUAUUCAACCAUACGCAACAUAUUCUAUUGGCUUGAUCCCAAGCUGAAGAACUUUCACAUAGACAUGGAGAAGGAAUAUGGCGUCAAUUGCUCAGACAUUAGCUGGGAUCGUGUCAAGGGCCAUUUGGAUGUCUUUGCCUGGGGACACUUUCUUGGCUGGGCUUUUAAAGCUAUUCUCAUCCGUCACAUGGGCAUCUUGUGGGCCAUCUCAGUGAUGUGGGAAAUUACGGAAAUCACCUUCGCCCACUUGUUGCCCAAUUUCAUUGAAUGUUGGUGGGAUGCUCUUAUUCUGGAUGUGAUUAUUUGCAAUGGUCUUGGCAUUUGGAUGGGCCUGAAGAUCUGCAAGAUACUCGAAAUGCGUGAAUACAAAUGGGCGAGCAUUAAGGACAUCUCGACGACAACGGGCAAAAUCAAGCGUGCCAUGCUACAGUUUACACCAGAGAGUUGGUCGGCCAUUCGUUGGUUGGAUCCCAAGUCGACGGCCAUGAGAUUUGCGGCUGUUAUACAGUUGGUCAUCUUCUGGCAGGUCACCGAACUGAAUACGUUCUUCCUGAAGCAUAUAUUCGAAAUGCCGCCCGAUCAUUUCAUUGUGAUUGGUCGUUUAAUAUUCAUUGGUCUGUUUGUGGCGCCUUCAGUUAGGCAAUAUUACGUAUACGUCACCGACACGCGCUGCAAACGCGUCGGCACCCAGUGUUGGGUUUACGGCGCCAUUAUGGUCUCCGAGGCUAUUCUGUGCAUCAAGAAUGGCAAGGAGUUGUUUGAGCGCACGCAAGCCAUCAACAUUGUGCUCUGGCUGACCGUGCAGGUGCUAAUAUCGGUGGCCUUUGUCUACGUUGCCGUCCUCUGGCAGCAACGACAGCUGAAAAAAGCUUCAACACCCACAAAGAAGCAAGGAGAUAGCGCAGCGAAUUCACCAACUAAAGGUAAAUUGUCGCCGGCAAAAGAGAAGAAAAUCAAAUGAGGCCAUUUAAGCAAACCAAAAAAAGAAUCAUAAUACUAAAACUAGUUGGGAAAAAUACAAAACAGAAAAAAACAGCAAGUAAGAACAACUUAAAACAGAUGCAAGAGAAAUAAAAGGCAACUCUAUUACAAUGUAAACUGUACAUACAAUUUAUGCAAAACUGUACUGAUUAAAUUAAAUUUAUAUUGUGUAUGUAUAAAUGAUAUUAAAACCAACGAAACAUUUGUUAAUAAGCUGAUUGUGUCUAAGACCUAGUAUCUAGAUUAAUACAAUUUUCUUUCUUGUUCUUUUUUUGUUUUCUUUUUUGCAAAUGUAAGAAAUAGAAAAAACUUAACAACUACAUAAGCAAAUCAUUAAUAAUAAUACAGAAUAUUAAGACGGUUAAUUACAAUUUGAAUUUGAUUGCUGCAUGAUGAUGUAAAUGUAAAUUGGCUAAACUAAAUCAAACCUCGAAACAUGCCGAGACUGUGCUUCGAACCGCAUCUCGUGCAUAGGGUAUAUAAGAUAGCGAAUACCAUGUCAUGGCCAGGGAUUGUAUGAUAAUGAAUAUAAGCGUAAGUCCGGCUUUUUUCAACUAAAUGGAAUAAACAGAAAAACAGAAACAUAAAACAUGUGAAUGUACAAAUGAAAAUAAUUUAUAAUGGUAGCAAUACAAUUGCUUUUAAAUAUUUUUUUUUACCACUAUAGCCGAUAUGAAAGUCAUGACUAUUGCCACAAUAACAAUGCUGGUGGCAAUCAGACGCGUCUCUGCAAACAUUUUCUUAAUUUGCUUAAAGGGUCCCAUGAGAAAACACGUGCUGUAAUAUAAGUAAUAUAUAGAUACAAUUAGCCGGCAUAUGUGAAAUGACGAUUGUAAACUCACCUGGCCAUGGACACCACAUUUCCUAUCGUAUAGAAGACGGCAAAGACGACGAUU